AUGGAACGGGUAACUCAUUAUUUCGAUGAAUCAUUUCUUCGGACAGAAGAAGAUUCUGUAAACACUUAUUCGAAAUCUCACUUAUGGGGGGAGGGGCGGAGAACGUUGGUGUUUAUCUAUCUUAUCUACUGGUUCGAACUCGCUCUUGCCACUGUCGGUCUAAGCGCAGUUGGAGGAAUAAGAGAAGGCAAAGGUAGCCACUUCUGUCUUCCUUCAAUCUUAAGCUCGUUUCCUCUUCAAUUCAGAUUAGCUAUGCCACUGAACCGUUUGCGCAUUUCGAGGGGUCGCUUGGCUACUCAUCCACCUAAGAGAGAGCCUUCAUCAUAUAAGGGAAGACUACCUCUAAGCAUCUACUUCCGUGAAAGGACCCAGACCUUAUAAAAGCUGUUUGCUGCAGUCAUCAUUCUGAAAGAAAAGUAUUUUGUGCUAAUCUUUACAUAACCUCAAAGUCAACUUCCACCUCUGAGUGACGAUACAAAUCCUGAAAGUCAACUGCUACCUCUGAGUAACGAUAUAGCUAGUGAGGACACACUUUUUGUAAACUAUU